AUGAAAGCUUAUGUGGAAUCAAAAUUCAAUAGGACAUCUCGGAAUGAAAGCUUGUCUACUACGGCUAUAAGUGGAUUAAAUGUCUUUAAUGUGCAAGGUUAUGCUCUUGGAAAAGGAACACCGAAGAUAUUAAAUGGUGAAAUGCUUAAAAAGGCACAUCGAUAUCUCUUGUUCAAUUGUCAUAAGUUGAAAUCAUGUCUUGAGCUACAUCGUGGCAUGGUAGCAGAAAACCAUAGUCGUGCUCAGCCCCAUGUAGAAUGCAUUCAUAGUGAGGAAUUUGCCACUUGGUUUGCCAAUAAUGUUGAGUCUUUGGAUUUUCAAGAACAGGGAAAAGAUUUUAAAAGAUUUGAAAUUGCUUGCCAGAGGAGUCAAAGGGGAUGUGAAGAUGAGGCGAAGCUAGACAUAUUUUUCAUGUCAUUUUUUACGGGUUUAUUUGAUGAGGCUAGGAUGGACAAUACAAUCUCAGCUGAGCACACAGAACAGCCAAGAGAGCUUACAAGUGAAAUCAAUGAUGUUCUAGAACAGACCACAAGAGAGCUUACAAAUGAAAGCAAUGAAGCUCAAAGUGGGCAAGCCAAAAAAACCUCAAAGAAGAAAGGGAGAGGUCCAACAAUGAUGCUAGAAAUUUGGGGUCACGAUCCUGCAAAAGGCCUUAUCAAGGUUGAUUUUGAUUACUUAGGAAGAGCUAUAGGGAUGAAUCAGAAAACUUUGUCUGGGUUCAUGGGCACCAUAGCAAGGAAAUCUCACUAUUGUCCAAUUGAUGUGGAAAGUUGGCAUGAUAUGUCAGAUCUACGCAAAACAGAGAUGUUAAAUGUCAUAAAUGCACGAUUAGAUAUAACCCUUGCAUCCGAAGAUUGGAUUUUGACCCACAUUUUGCAUUGUUGGAGAAAUUGGAAGAAUGAUAUGAAGGCAAGGAAAGAUGUGACAGUAAUAGACAAGCAAGAAUGGAGAAAGAGUUGGAUCAUUGCACUGGCAGGACACCAUUUGCACAAAAAGAACAUCAAUUGGUAUGUUGAAGAACAUCAAUUGGUUAUGUGGCCUGAUAAACCUGGAAGAGUUAGAAUGUUUGGUCAAGGGGUUACUCCAUCAGAUGUGUGGGGACAAGUUCCUAAGCGAAAUACUUGUAGGCGUAUAAUUCUUGAACAACGAAAAGAAUUGAUAACACUCAUCGAUAGAGUUGGAGAGUUGGAAGAAAGAGUUCUGGAACAAAGAAUGAGUCGUGUUUCACAAGCUGAAUUUCAAAGCAAUUCAUCAUCAAACUCACUUAUAGUUAAUCAAUCUCUACAGGUUGGUCAAUAUGUGUAUCUCAAACCUUUCGCUGACCCAAACCAACUUGUCGCGAAAGGACGAAUUGAAAGUUUAGAUCCUUGUACUGAAGUUGGUGGACUUCCAAUAGGAAUUAAUUGGUGCCAAGUUCUUGUUGAAGUAAUUAUUAUCUCUGAUGCACCGUUGAUUAAAGGUUACAAUCAUUAUGUGACUGUUCAAGAUGCACACGGUGAUUUGGUUGCCUGGCCAUGUGCUAUAGUAACAUCAGUUGAACAACGAAGUUACUUCCCUUAA